AGUCAUGAAUUGCAGAAGCUUGACAACAGCUUUACUUUCUUCACUUCAUUAGUGUCAUGCAGUUGUUUUAGAAAUCUAGCGUGAGGAAACACUCAAUUUGCCACUUGUCUGUGGAUAUUACAUAUUGCUUUUCUCCAUUUCCACAUGCUGAAACUGUGUUUCUUCAUCUGUUUGAUAUACUGGGUGAAAUCAGAUGAGGAGAAAAAAUGUCCUGAAUUUACAGAUCUUAAUAUAGGCAAUGCUUUGUCUGGAACGGAACUCCGAGUGCAGCUGCUCCUAUACACCACGGACAAUCCAGACUGUUCUGAGAGACUCAUUGAGCACAAUGUUACUGCAUCUGAGUACCUUAAUACAGCCAAGAAAACUGUCUUUGUUAUCCAUGGCUUCAGACCGACCGGGUCUCCUCCAGCAUGGCUAGGUGACAUGAAAGAGCUUUUACUGUCUUCAGAGGAUAUUAAUCUCAUUAUAGUUGAUUGGAAUCGUGGUGCUACAACUGUGAAUUACCUGACUGCAGUUGAAAACUGCAGAAAAGUUGCAGAAAUACUGAAGAACUAUGUUGACCAGAUGCUGAUGCAUGGAGCUUCUCUUGACUCUAUAUAUAUGAUUGGAGUCAGUCUUGGGGCUCAUGUGGCUGGUUUUGUUGGCCAGAAGUAUAAUGGCAAACUUGGGAGAAUUACAGGUCUUGAUCCAGCGGGCCCUUCAUUCACUCACGAGCCGCCAGAGGGGAGACUGGAUCGUACUGAUGCACAGUUUGUUGAUGUGAUUCAUUCAGAUACUGAUGCACUAGGUUUCAAGAAACCUUUAGGAACCAUUGAUUUCUACGCAAAUGGAGGAACGGAUCAGCCUGGUUGUCCAAAAACAGUUUUCAGUGGAAUUCAGUAUUUUAAGUGUGACCAUCAAAGAGCUGUUUUCCUCUUCUUAUCAUCUUUGAAAAGAAAGUGUGACAUAAUAACAUAUCCUUGUAAUUCUUACUUGGAUUACAAGAGAGGAAAAUGUGUUGAUUGCAAUGCUUUCCAGCCAAUGUCCUGUCCAGUACUGGGUUAUCAUGCUGAUAGAUGGAAAAAAUGGUUGAUAGCAAAUAAUUCGCCAACAAAAGCUUAUUUUGAUACCUCGGACCAAGACCCAUUCUGCAUAUACAACUACUUACUGGACAUUACUACCUGGAAUAAAAGCAUUAGGAGAGGUUUCAUUAAAGUUAAAAUAACAGACUAUGCUGGAAACACAGUAGAAUCAGAGAUGAAUAGUGAAGCUUCAACAUUUCAGCAAUACAAGAGAGUCAAAAUACUAACUGGAUUUUACCAAGACAUUGAAAAAAUAUCAAAAAUUUCCUUGACCUUUUCUACGAAGACUUUAAUAGGCCCAAAACACAAGCUUAGGAUUCUCCAGAUGACCCUGAAAUCUCUUAAUAAUCCGGAAAGGUUGCAGCUGUGCAGAUACGAUUUUGUACUGAUGGAGAACACUGAACUGACCUUCAAACCUAUCCCUUGCUCUGAGAAGGGUACAUGAAGAGAGAGCUACUGCUAACUUAAUUUUUCUUACAGCAGUGACAUUUUGAUGCUUCCUCAGGAUAAAGACUGCAAUGAGAAAGAAAAUGAGAUAAGCUAGAUUUAUUUUCAAGUCUACCUGGUAAUAUGCAUUACUUGCUUCAAGUGCCUUAGGCUGAAAUUAAUUGAGAAGUUCGGACAUGUAUGUGUUUGGGAAAUUAUUCGAAUAAAAUAAAUGUAUCAUGGUGGAGAAC